ACUUCCCAAAGGUCAGAGUUAUAAAGAUAAGGUCCUAAUGAAACUAUAGUAUCAAUAUAAUAAGAGUAGAUAACAUCCAUCAUGAGACGAACAUUGUCGUGUUUACUUGUGUUCACACUUGUGACUAUACUGAAUGGCAGGCAUUUUCGCUGCGACUACACAUACUUCAACAAAGCGGAUGGGUGGCUGAAGCUGCACAGGAUCCCCGCGAACUGGCGCGAAGCGAGGCUACGAUGCCAUCUCGAAGGCAGCAAACUGGCGUCACCAUUAAACUCACAGCUCGCUGCGGCGAUGCGGUCGGUGACGCAGCAGAACGCCUUGACUUGCGGCAUCUACACCGGCAUACACUCCUCCUUCUCUCGAGGCGACUUCCAUUCCGUUGAAGGGAUACCUCUAUCCAGGAUACCCCACACGUGGGCUGAAGGCGAGCCCGACAACCUCAACAAUGAAGAGAGCUGUAUGAUGAUGCUGGACAGUGGGGAGCUCGCUGACGUCAACUGCUCGGAAACUUUGCCGUAUCUGUGCUAUAGGAAAACGACGAGGACUGCCCUGGGCGACUGUGGGACAGUUGAUAGUGAGUACAAGUUGGAGUCUCGGACGGGCAGCUGCUACAAGUUCCACAAGGUGCCGCGCACGUGGUCGCGGGCGUACAUGGCCUGCGCGGCCGAGGGCGGCCACUUGGCGAUCAUCAACAGUGACACGGAGGCUCAGGUGAUUAAGGAGAUAUUCGCAAAGCAUCCAGGAGGUUCAAUGAGGGGCAAUUUCUGGAAAGAAGUUGCGUUUGUUGGAUUCCACGAUUGGGGUGAACAUGGAGAAUAUCUGACCAUCGAAGGUCAGACGCUGGAAGAGGCAGGCUACGCCAAGUUCUCUGGCGGCGAGCCCAACAAUGCGACAACGGGCGAGUACUGCGGGGCGGUGUACCGCAGCGGACUGCUCGACGACCUUUGGUGCGAGAAUGCGUAUGCGUUCAUUUGCGAGAAGAGCCCUGACAGCUUGCUCUGUGACGAUAAUGAUCAGCAGUAAUAAAUUAAUACAGCGUA